AACUUAAAACCGCCGACAGGGGGCAGAAGUACACUAUUGAGCUGCAUUUGUAUUGUUAUACCCCAGACUAUUGAUAACAAUUCCAGACUUAUUCGGCUACUAAAUUCCAUCGCAUUUUUGUCAAAUUUAGACCAUCCAAAGAAUUGACGAAUAUGCCGUAUGUAUAUACCAAAAAAAGAAAUACAAAAAAAACAGAGUUUGUAUAAAGGCCAUUGUACUAGCAGUUAUACCUGUUUAUAUUUAAUGCCCAAUGACUGCAUUUUAUUUGUUAUAGUAAAAUCUAACAAUUAUACUGCAUGGACAUAACAUAAUACCCACUGACAGCUUUGGGGGAGAAUGCCUUCACCCUAUUUUUGUUUGCAGUCAUCUAUAUUUGAGAGUGAGAGUGUUAUAUUAAUGUCAGCUGCUUCCCCUUUGCUCUCUGCUCUCCUCCCCCCUGCUUGUCUACUCCUCUCCUAUCCUCUCUUCCCAUCUCACUCCCAUUAUCACCUGCAGUGGGAGGAGCUUGAGGAGCAGGCUGUGCCCUGACUGGCCGGGCAGGGAGGAGGCUGCUGUGACAGGGCUACUGCGCAGAAGCACCGCAGCAGCAGCAGUCCAGAAAAGACAAGCUGGCAGCAUCCUCUCUAUCUCUCUCUCUUUCUCUCCUCUUUCUCUCCCUCCCCCUUUUUUCCACCACUUUCUCUCUGUCUUUCCCUUCCACACGCUCUCACACACACAUACACACGCACACACACACGCUCUGUCACUCUGCAGCAGCAGGCUAGCGGACACACAGAGGCUGGUAGGUGGAGAGCAGGCCUUUAUUUUUUCUCUCUCUCUCUCUCUCUUUCUCGUUCUCCCUCUCUGUCUUUGCAUUUCUGCCGCAGAGAGCAGCAUCUCCAUCUCCAUCCUCCGUUCUCCUUCAAGGACUACCGCACCCUAGGAGCAUCUCCUGUUUUUGCCGGCGGAGGAGGAACUGCUGCAGCAGCAAAAGGAUUUUACCACACAGAGAGACGGACGGAUGCAUGGACACACUCACUCGCUCACUCACACACACACACGCGCGCAUACAUCAUCGCACCUUUGCUGGAAAGGCCUGCUCACUUUGCGUCUUUCCGUGGCUUGUUGCCGGGCAGUGUUGAGCUGAGCGGCGAGUGUCUUGUUUGAUUAAUGUGGAGGGUGUGAGAAGCGCUGAGCAUGUGUGUGUGUGAGUGGGUCUGAGUGUGUUUUUCGUGACGCCCGCGUGGGGCACAGCAUGGGUUUUAGGCGUCCUCUCAGGUCGGUCAGGCAUUAGUGGGGUUCUGCCUCUUUUCCUUUUUUUGCCCCCCUCUCAUCGCCUUCCUCAUUCUUCCUCCUCUGGGCGGGUGCUGCCCCCUGUUUGAUCUCUCUUUGCCCUCCACACGCCUUCUGUUCUCCUCCUCACCUCGUAUCCGUGGCUGGGCCUUUCCUAUCCCAGGAUGCCGUGCGCCAGGCCCUUUUGCUAGGCCACAGCAGCAUGGGCGGAGCUCCGGGAGGGCGAGGAAGUACGGAUUGGACGGCUCACCUCCGGACGGGCGCGCUCGGGCACCCCGCCGCUUCCGAUGGGUGAGGACGGCGAGAGCACCAAAAUCAACCACAGCUUCCUCCGAGACUACGUCACCGAAGCUGAUGUCAUAUCCACGGUGGAAUUUAACCAGACGGGGGAUCUGUUGGCGACGGGGGACAAGGGGGGGAGAGUGGUCAUCUUCCAAAGAGAGACUCAGUCAAAAGGGGAGAUUGAAGAGCUUGGUGAGUCAGGCGAGUAUAACGUCUACAGCACCUUCCAGAGCCAUGAGCCUGACUUUGACUACCUGAAGAGCUUGGAGAUCGAGGAGAAGAUCAACAAGAUCCGCUGGCUGCCACAGCAAAAUGCUGCACACUUUCUUCUCUCCACCAAUGAUAAGACUAUAAAACUAUGGAAGGUCAGCGAGCGAGACAAGAGACCCGAGGGAUACAACCUGAAGGACGAGGAGGGCAGGGUGAAAGACUUCUCCACGGUGACAUCUUUACAGGUGCCCGUGCUGAAACCCACCGACCUUAUGGUUGAGGUGCGGCCCAGACGCAUCUUCUCCAAUGGCCACACCUACCAUGUCAACUCCAUCUCCGUCAAUAGCGAUGGAGAGACAUACCUGUCUGCUGACGACCUCAGGAUCAACAUGUGGCACCUCGGCAUCACCGACCGCAGCUUCAACAUCGUGGACAUCAAGCCGGCCAACAUGGAAGACUUGACGGAGGUGAUCACGGCGGCGGAGUUCCACCCGAAGCACUGCCACCUGUUCGUCUACAGCAGCAGCAAGGGCACGCUGCGCCUCUGUGACAUGAGGGCCUCGGCUCUCUGUGACAAACACUCCAAAAUUUUUGAGGAGCCAGAGGACCCAGGCAACCGGUCCUUCUUCUCGGAGAUCAUCUCCUCGGUCUCGGAUGUCAAAUUCAGCCACAGCGGCCGCUACCUGCUCACCAGGGAUUACCUCACUGUCAAAGUGUGGGACCUGCACAUGGAGAAGGGUCCCAUCGAGACCUACCAGGUGCACGAGUACCUGAGGAGUAAGCUCUGCUCCCUGUAUGAGAACGACUGCAUCUUUGAUAAGUUUGAGUGUGUGUGGAACAGCACCGACAGUGUGAUCAUGACCGGUGCCUACAACAGCUUUUUCCGCAUGUUUGACCGCGAGACCGGCCGGGGAGUGACGUUGGAGGCGUGGCGUGAAAGCAGCAAGCCGCGGGCGGUCCUGCGCACGCGCCGUGUCUACACCGGCGGCCGACGACGCCGUGGCGACGUGGGUGUCGACAGCCUGGACUUCACCAAGAAGAUCCUGCAUAUGGCCUGGCACCCGGACGAGAACAUCAUUGCCAUCGCCGCCACCAACAACCUCUACAUUUUCCAGGACCGGGUGAACCCAGAGACUCAGUGACUUACGGCUCCGAGCGCAGGGGAGGGAGGGGGAGGGGAGUGGGAUGGGUAAGGGGGGAGGGGAGCAGAGCGGAACUCAGUCUGCCUGUAAACGCUCUCCCUUAAUGAGUCUGUAUGUCAUCAAUCGAGGAGCCAAGGACAUAUACAUGCAAUGCAAUCGUACAUAGAACGGUUAGCAGUUGGGCAAACUCCUACACACAUGUAUACAUACACACACUCAUACACACAAACACAUACAUGCAUACAUUACAGGAUUCUAGUGGAUAAGGAUCACACUGGACAGACUGGAAUGAACUUGGCAUUAAAAGGGGGGGGUGGGGGGAUAAAUACUGGAUUAUAGUGGAAUGUGUCGACUAGUUUGGUGUGACAGUGGAAGUGUUCAGUGUCUGUGAAGAAUGGACUACGCAGCUGUUGGAGCAGUCGCAUUUGGUCAAAGACUCGUCGAUUGGAUCUGGUCCUUUGCUGAAGGCAGUGUUGCAAAUGGUCGAGCUAGCUUUGGUUGAUUGGUUGAUUGAUGGCACUGCUGACAAAUCCCUGACUGCCUCGAUAUGGAAUUAGGAUCUUGUGGGGACCAUUUCUCCCUCUGUCUCUCUGUCUCUCUCUCUCUCUCUCUCUCUCUCUCUCUCUCGUACAGGGGGAUGGGGGAGGUGCAGCUGGGACCUACUCCAAAAGCGAGUCUGAUUGCCUCCCCUCCCCCCACGUACACCCUGUUGUCUUGGUUACUGAACCCGCGCGCAGCAGUCUUCCUAUCACGUGCUUCCCAAACCUUCCCACAAUGCAUUACUGCCAGCUACGCCUGCUUCGCUUCAGGUAGAACGACAAAGCAUCCUCCACCAGCGCCAGCACCAACCCCAUAGCGAGACCAUUUCACCUCUGGCAACACGGCUUCAGUGAACUACAAAAAAACUAAAUCACAAACUGUCCUGCGUUUGCUUGGUACAGUCUAAACAAAGCUUGCUGUCUUUCUCUCUCAAUGAUCGCUCCUUCAGGAACCUCACUUUGACCGAAUUCUUCAGUAUUUGCCCCAUGGCAACCACUGGGUAGUUUAUCACUCACCUCAAGUGUUCAACUCAUCUCACCUCUCUGAGGAUGUGGCGGUGGUGUUCAGUGCUUGGACCGUGGCUACGCCUCUGACUGUGCAUCAGAUGAACUGCCUUUCGCGUUGAAUAUAAAGCUGAAUGAAUGUACUUGUGGAGCACACAGUUUGCUGGUCCAUUUUUAAAACUCGUGUUAAUGAUGGUAAUGAUGAUACUAUGAUAGGGAUGUCUGUGACAAACUGCUUUGUCCAUGAAGAAAAAAGAAUUGUGAUUAUGUUUUUAGUCCUCACUUUUCUUUGGCUCGCUGGUCUGUCUCUGGUCUUUGGCGCUGUCUCUCUUGUCCUUUUACUGCUCUCUUUCACACAAUGUCAGAAUCAGCCUCCAUGGUAUCAUGCUUUUUUGUCCUUUUUUAUCUUUCCUGCCAUAGUUGUCUACCUUAAGACAUGUCUCUCAGCGUCGUCUCCCAUGAUGUCUCAGUGUUGCUGUUUCUCCCUCUUAUCGUUGUCUUCUGAACCCCACUGCUGUCCAUCCUGCUGUAACUGGUAACCUCACUCACUGCUACUUAUUCCUGACAUUUUAGUCCUUUGGAUGUCGAACCUCUGUGUUAUCUGUGCCCUGCCCCUUUCUCUCUAUCCCUCCCUCUAUUUCCUUAUCCCUCCCUCUCUUUUUUCUCUCUCUCUCUCUCUCUCUCUCUCUCUGUCUAUUUCUCUUUAUUUAACACUACCACCCAGACUUGAACAGUGGCUCCACGUCUUGGUCUAUCACAGCUGUAUCUGUACAGUAUUCCUACAUCUGUACGUAUAGCAACUGAAGCCAGGGGAGCCGUGCUCGACCAUGUAAAAGGGAGCACGUCAGUAGACAGCCCUCACUGCACCAUGGUGAUACCAGCACGGCAGUUGCCAUGGUGAUAGGCCUUCUGCCAUCACGACCACUUGAGCUCAACUCUCCUCUUAGACAUUUGUGGUAGUCACUCUCACACACAUUUAGGUACACACAGACACACAUACACUCACACAGAAAUUCACAUGUUCCACACCACAGAGAAAUGACCAGGGAAAAGGCUUCUUUUUUUUCCAGGGCACACAGAAACAAAAAAGCAUGUUUACCAUUAUCAAGUGUUACUAGUGUGUAUAUCUAUGAUGCCUAAAAAGUAAUCAAAUGACACUUAAUGGAAAUCAAAUGAGGCAAUGAAGGAAUGUGCAUAAAUAAUAUAAUCUGAAAUGAAA